CAUUGCCCAUGCGCUGACCGACUUGGUUCGAGAGUAUGGCCCGCUCGUGUCGUUGCGACAAGGUAGCCAAGUGAUAGUUGUCAUUGGUAGCGUUGAGGCAGCCGCGGACAUCAUGGAAAAGGAAGGUGGAUCACUAGUAGAUCGACCUCGGUCCAUUGCCGCAGGUGAAAUUCUCUCAAAGGGAAUGCGUAUUCUCCUGGCUCGUUCCGGAGACCGAUUCCGGCGCCUCCGAAAAGCAGUACAUACCCAUCUACAGCCAAAGGUAGCAGAUACAUACCAGGAUAUGCAGCGCGAGAACGCGAUGAUCCUCAUAUUGGAUAUGCUAAAUGAUCCAAAGAACCACCAGAGGCACGCACAGCGGUAUGCAGCAUCAGUCAUUCUUCGAGUGACUUAUGGGAAGUCUGUGCCCACUGCCAACACCGAUCCUGAAGUUGUCCGUAUCCACGGGGUCAUGGAGCAUUUCCAGGUUGUGAUGCGCCCAGGAGCUUAUCUCGUCGAUCGUGUGCCUCUUUUGCGCUACUGGCCUGGUUACGGAAAACAACUUGUUGAGUGGCACCAUGAGGAACUGGGGCUAUACAGGCAUCAGUUAGGGCGCGUCGAGAGUGAAGUAAAUCAAGACAACGCUGGUCCCUCCUUCACCAAAACACUAUUGGAGAACGUCAAAGAACACCAACUCUCUACAGACGAGAUGUCCUAUCUCGCCGGAUCACUCUUUGGAGCGGGAUCUGAUACGACUGCUGUUGCAAUUACCGUUACUAUUAUGGCUGCAGCAUGCUACCCAGCGGCUCAGGCAAAGGUGCAUGAGGAGCUCGAUAGGGUCAUCGGGUCAGACAGAGCGCCGACAUUUAAAGACUCAAGCUCGCUCCCCCAAUUGCACGCAUUCUUGUUGGAAACUUUGAGAUGGAGACCUGUCAUUCGCAUAGGAUUUCCACACCGUGCAACUAAGGAUGUUUUUUGGCAAGGAUACUGCAUUCCCGAGGGCGCAACUGUCUAUGGGUGCCAAUGGGCUAUUUCUCGCGAUCCUAUCGUCUUCCCAGGUCCUGAAAAAUUCGAUCCCCAGCGCUGGCUUGAUUCAGAAGGUCGCCUUAAGGACAAUAUCAAAUUCAUUGCAUACGGCUUCGGUAGACGUGUGUGUCCCGGCCUGCACCUCGCAAACCACUCGUUGUACAUUAGCCUCGCAUUUCUCUUGUGGUCUUUCCGCAUUGCUCAGCGACCUGACGCCCCGAUCGACACG